UCCGACCGGAUCCUGGGGGUCACGUGACGAGCUUCCCACACAGGUCUCCAGGUCACGUGGUGCGGGUGAGGGAGCGGCUGGCGGGAUGGAGGCCGCGCUCUUCAUCUUCUCUCUGAUAGACUGCUGCGCCCUUAUCUUCCUCUCCGUCUACUUCAUUAUCACUCUCUCGGACUUGGAAUGUGACUACAUCAAUGCUCGCUCCUGUUGCUCCAAGCUGAAUAAGUGGAUAGUGCCAGAGCUGAUCGCUCACACACUGGUAACUGUGUUGAUGUUGGUGUCAUUGCACUGGUUCAUCUUCUGUUUGAAUCUUCCUGUAGCGACAUGGAAUAUAUACCGGUUUAUCAUGGUACCAAGUGGAAAUUUGGGAGUGUUUGAUCCAACAGAGAUUCACAAUCGUGGACAGUUAAAGUCUCACAUGAAGGAGGCUAUGAUCAAGUUAGGAUUCCAUCUACUGUGCUUCUUCAUUUACUUAUACAGUAUGAUUUUUGCCCUUUUAAACAACUGAGGCUUAUCAGGAGCCAAGGAACGGGACUGGGAUCCUUUAACCUGCUUCGUGAGAGGAGAGCCACCAGGAACAAUGCAAAUCAAUAUCGCACUGCUACGCGCAAAGUAUUUUUCUUUUCCUAAUUGAACUCCAUAUUUUUUUGCUGUAUUUUUAACAUAAAAUAUUUAAAAAGAAAAAAAAAAA